AGAGGGGAAGCUGCGCAUGUGCAGGGAGUGAGUCCGCCCCCUCUCGUCAUGAUGAGGGACCGACCAAUGGGAAGAGUUGGAGGACCGGAAGGACUCUGGUCCUCCAGCCAAUCAGAGCGCGGGCUUUGUGUGAAUGAAGACUGAGCUUCACACGAUCUAAAACUUCCUCCUGUGUCCAGCAUCUGCUAUUAUAAGGGGAGGAUUUACAGACAGAAAUCUCAAAUCAGAUGUCAAGAUCUGACAGAGUCACUCGAUUCAUUGGGCCCUGAAUAUGAUCAGCGUUUGAAUUUAGAACAAGAAACGUUUGUCUGUUGUGGCUGCUUCAAAAGGUUUUAAGCAUCAGGGUGACUGGAAAAGCACUGAGACCCACACACCUAAGUGAGAGUGUUCCAGUGCACUGACUGUGGAAAGAGCUUUAACCAGUUACACAGACUGAAAAAAAAUCACACCGUUCACAGUGGAAAGAGACCGUUCACGUGUUCUGUGUGAGGAAGAAGCUUCAACUGAUCUUUGCUCGAGGAGAGUCACAAGGACACCAACACCAUGGAGAAACCGUGGAAAUGUGGGGACUGUGGGAAGGGAUUUCGGGCCCCGUCUGAUCUGGAGAUCCAUCGGUGCAGUCACACCGGGGAGAGGCCAUUCACCUGCACCAUGUGUGGGAUAGGAUUCAGCAGGUCAUCCAUCCUGCAGACACACCAGCAAAUUCACACUGGGGAAAGGCCAUUCACCUGCUCCGAGUGUGGAAAGGGAUUCACUCACUCAUGGAACCUCUUGACACACCAGCGAGUUCACACUUGGGAGAGGCCAUUCACCUGCUCCGAGUGUGGGAAGGGAUUCAUUCGGUUCUCCAGCCUGCAGACACACCAGCGAGUUCACACUGGGGAGAGGCUCUUCUCUUGCUCUGAGUGUGGGAAGGGAUUCACUGAUUCAUCCAACCUGUGGAAGCACCAGCGAAUUCACACUGGAGAGAAGCCGUUCACCUGCUCCAAGUGUGGAAAGAGAUUCUGUGAUUCAUCACAUCUGCUGAUACACUGGCGACUUCACACUGGUGAGAAACCACUCCCCUGCUCUGAGUGUGGGAAGGGAUUCAUUCGGUUCUCCAGCCUGCAGACACACCAGCGAGUUCACACUGGGGAGAGGCUGUUCUCUUGCUCUGAGUGUGGGAAGGGAUUCACUGAUUCAUCCAACCCGUGGAAGCACCAGCGAAUUCACACUGGAGAGAAGCCGUUCACCUGCUCCAAGUGUGGAAAGAGAUUCUGUGAUUCAUCACCUCUGCUGAUACACUGGCGACUUCACACUGGUGAGAAACCACUCCCCUGCUCUGAAUGUGGGAAGGGAUUCACUCAGUUCUCAAACCUGCUGACUCACCGGCAACUUCACACUGGAGAGAGGCCCUUCACCUGCUCUGAGUGUGGGAAGGGAUUCACCCAAUUAAUAUGCCUGCAGAAACAUCAGCAAGUUCACAAAUGAUUACAGGGGUUGGAUUCUGCUGUUAUUGCUGCUGUUAAUCACAUCCAUGACUGAACCAUGUUCAUUCUCACACUUGGUGCAGUGGGAGGCUCGGAGGGUUUCUUUCUGCUGGAUUGGCCAGUCUCACGACUUUGUUUCCAGUGGCUGAUGCUCCUUGAAAGUUGUAGUGAAAAUCUUUUUUCAUAUUUCACAUGGAUCACAGAAUGAGAGGGUGUUCUGAAGGUAGAAUAUAUUUAGUUAGCGUUUCUGUUUGGAACCUCCCAAAGCAUGCCGUGUUGCCAUGGGGAUGGGCCUUGGGGGGGGUCAAAGGUUCUUUUGUUUAAUUUAUCUGGAUGUUUCUCACAGAGGAAGUUGCAAAUUUGGUCUUGUGUAAUUUGAAGCUCACUUGGAGCUGGUGAGGGGAAAAGAAGCUGGAAGAUUUGCUUGGCUGUGGCCAGAGGAAGAAAUCUCCAGUGGUGCCCACGAUGAAAGGCAGUUAGUCUUGUGGCAGAAAGCAGUCAGCGUGAACAGUGAGCUUGGACAGAGCUAUGAAGAAGCUGUGGGAGCCGAGUGGGAAAAAGCAGUCGGUCUGUCCAAAGUCAGCUCAAGAAGGAGUGGAAUCCUCAGAGAGAGAAGAUUGAUUGAAAUAUUUAUUUAAGUUAUGGUGUUAAAUACAUAAUUAAAAAUAUUUCAAUGCACCGGUCAUCUUAAAGCAGAUGCUACUGGCAGGGGCAAAGGGAAGGGAAAAUACUUUAAAAAUUAAAAUGUUAAAAUGUGCAGUUAUGGUGUUGCUGAUUUGUAACAAACUCUUUUCAAGGUUACAUUUUUAAACUUUGAACUGAGUUUAAAGACUGUUUUCAGAAUGGACUCCGAGGGUCACCUGACUUUCUCCUUGUGGAUUCCGGCUGGAACCACUUCCCACGAGAAAAAGACAUUCUCUGACAUAUCUACAAAAAUAGACGUUUGAAAUUCAAUGAGCAUUUCCGCAAGUGUCAAUAAGAUCCAUCGACUUGAUGGUUUCCCUUUAAGGACAAUAGAGGCCCAGACUUGAAAGGUAUUUGGGAAUACAGUGCUGGAAUGGAAUCACCACUCACCUCAUUGGGAACCUGGUUUGGGGUUUUGACACAUAUUUUGGCUUGCCUGCCAUCAAGAAUAGAAAAGGCAGAGCAAGCUGCUGAGACACAGAUCCAUCGUGAAACAGCUUCAGAGCAACAGAGAGGAAACUGCUUCUCAACAGGGAGAGAGACAGAGAGAGACAGAGAAAGGGAUCCAGAAACAGCCAAGGGCUCUUUUGUCAAUAACUGGGCAGUUUGAAAAUGCCGCACCUGGACAACCAGAAACAAGGAACCUUCUCUCCUCUCUGUGAACCUGACUCCAUCUAUUAAGCUGACCUCUGAAAGCAACCUCUGGCCAUUCGACAAUGGAAGGCAUCACAGCAGCGGAGGCAAUCCCACAACCUCAAACCUUUCCCAUCAAACAGUGUCACAGCUCGACUUUAACAGUCCCAGGCCUGCACCAAACAACAAAGACUGAACUGAUUCACUUUUUAUAACUAUUGUUUUAUCUUCAUCUGUAAUUAAUCUUUGUGUGUGUAUAUGUGUGUGUUUGGCUCUGUGUGUGUGUAAGUAACUUCCAGAGCAGCGGUGUGAAAUAAACUAACCCUUUCUUUGAAGUCAAAAGAUUUUGCUGCUGGGUGGUUUAACAUUGACUCACUCACUGCAAGAGUGAGAAGUCUACAUUCACAGACACAAACAUUGUUCACAGGCAACUGUGGGGAAACACCUUUUAAGGCACCUGUGAGACUGAAAUUUUAUUUUCCUUUAUUUUCCAACCUCCAGCAAAAGACAAGCGUUCUCUGUUACCAUGUUAUAAUCCUGACAGCCUGAUGGUGAAGGAAGAAACUGGAGCCAAUCUUUACUUGGUAUAGAUUUAUUCACUGAGUGAAACAUUUACAGGUGCAUACGUCCUGACUCAACUCCACUCCAUGUCAGUUAGGUUCUCUUUACAUGUGCUCCAUCCAAUAAAUGCCCCUCCAUCUGAAAAUACUUAACAUCAAUUGAUUCUAUUUACAUCCACAGUCAGAGCAUCUAAAACAUCUCCAAUUGGUGUCACUGCACUUGUGCCUCAGCAGGUUGGAUGAAUACCUGAAUCCUUUUCCACACUUGGAGCAGGUGAAUGGCUUCUCCCUGAUGUGAACUCGCUGGUGUGUCAGUCGGUGGAUGAUGCUCUCAAUCUCUUUGCACAGUGAGAGCAGAUGAACAGUCUCCCCUCAGUACGAAUGCGCUGGUGGAACAUCAGUUCUGCAGUGUUUUUAAAGCCACUCCCACAGUCACAGCAUUUAGGGGUCUCAUUGGUGUGAUCCCCAGUUGACUCAAUCACGAUAUUAACAAUACCUGAUGUUUCUAAUCAAAAUGUUUCAGAAGGAUUAAUGGAAUCAGGCGAUAAGAAUCAGAGAGAAAAAAAGCAAACUGUUAAAGCGACAUAGACAAUUUGUUCAUCCUCGCUGUCAAAGAUUAAAAAUCCUGCUAAAAGAUGCAUGGGUGGUUGGUGAAGCAUUUACGAGGCUUAUAGAAGAGAUAAGUGCAAAGUG